AUGAAAAGGCGCGCAAUGUUGUUCUCCACAGUGUUGGCAUUAUGGGUUCUGUCGGCGGGAGACGCACAAACUUACCGGCGCACGGACCCGGAGACAGGCAGGACGCUGGAGUGUGCCCGGUGCCCCCCAGGGUCGCGCCUCCGCCAGCACUGCUCCAGCUCCCGCCAGACCAAGUGCUCCCCGUGCGGACCCGGGAUGUACACCGAGUUCUGGAACUACAUCCCGGACUGCCUGCUGUGCGACUCCUGCGCCGAGCACCAGCGCGUGCUGCAGCCGUGCAACGGUAUCGCGAACACGGUGUGUGAGUGUGAGGAGGGCUUCUACUGGGAGCAGCACUUCUGCAGGAGACACAGUGUCUGCAGACCGGGACACGGCGUCAAAACCGCCGGGACGCCGCACAGAGACACAGUGUGUGAGGCCUGCGCGGAGGGUCAUUUCUCAGACGUCUCUAAAGCUCAUGCGAAGUGUGUGAAACACAGAGUCUGCCAGGGCGAAGAGCAUCUGCUGCUGUCUGGAAACACACACUACAACAGCAUCUGCACAACCUGCCAGGAGCUCAGUAACAACGCUACAGUUUGGACUGCUUUAUUCGACCCGGCACUGUCAGCUCUGCAAGUUAAGCAGAAGAUUGAUAUUCACCGUCUGGAGCAGAUGGUGAUCCGGCGUCUGAAGAAACCUCUGAAACAGCUCCACAAGAGGGCGGCGAUGCGCAGAGCGGAUUUUUCUGAGGGGCUGAUCGACCGUUUCAUGAUGCUGGAGAACUCGUGUCUGUCUUGUCUGGCCCAAAGAAUGACGCAGAACAUCCGCAGAGUCCAGCAAAGCUGUAAUACUGUGGGGAAUAGAUCAGGCAUACUGCAUCCCAAUCCUGCAGUCCUCUGACUGCCAUUAUUAAUAUUAAUGAGCAGAGCUGGGUAGAUUACAUUCAUAGUUACUGAAUAAAAUUACAUCACGCAUUUUGUAGCCAGUAAUAUAAUCUGUUACACAACGUCCUUUGGAUUACAUUUAGAUUACUUUUGAGCUGUAAUCAGUAACUGAUUACAAAUGACAGGAAUUAUUAGAUUACAUUACCAUUAAUGUGUAAUCUUAAAGAUUAUAUUGAAGAUUACAAAGCUUGUUAUUCACAUUUGAAUUCAGUUACUGAUUACAGUUUAAAAGUAAUCUAAAAGUAAUCCAAAAGUAGACCAAUUACAUGACCAUAAUUUUGGAUUACAUUUAGAUUACUUUUGAAUUGUCGAUUAAAAAAGAGAUUUGUGGUCAUUAAUGUAAUCUUAUGAUGGUAAUGUAAUCUGAUUACUUUUGGAUUAGGUUUAGAUUACUUUUGAAUUGUCGAUUACAAAUUACACUAAGAGAUUUGUGGUCAGUAAUGUAAUCUUAUGAUUACAGUUAUGGUAAUGUAAUCUGAUUACUUUUGGAUUAGGUUUAGAUUACUUUUGGACUGUAAUCAGUAACUGAUUACAAAUUACAUGACUAAAUGUGUAGUCGGUAAUAUAAUCUCUUAGAUUACACAUUUACGUUAAUGUAAUUGCACUACUUUUGGAUUACAUUUAGAUUACUUUUAUGCUAACUUAUCUGACAUGACAGAUGCUGAAGCAGGGUAAUCUUAUGCUGUUUGACUGAUAGAAAUAAAAGAUAUCCUCAUUGUUUAAGAGCCUCGACAGCUUCUGUUUAAAGUGCAUGGACAGUUCACAAUACUCACACUUGUAUACCUCACUGUUAGUGUUCGCUUACAGAAACACUGAUCAAACCCAAACCUCAAACAAGUGCAGAUGCAGACAUGAAGAAUCACAAAGGGGUGAUAUACGCUGCUGGUUUAACAUGACAUUUAUAUAUGAAUGUUAAAAAAGGAGAAAAGUUUUACAUUCUUUAAAUAUGUAAUGGUGUAAUCAAGAUUACAAACAAUCCGUUAGUACCCAGCUCUGCAGUCUGUGUGUGUGUGAUUGUGAGAGAGAUCUCAGAUUAUCUGUGUCCAGGCUAGUCAAUAAAGUGCACUGCAUACAAGCUUUGUAAAUAUUACAGAUUAAUAUAUGUCAUAUUUUCAAUGUAUUUAUUGAAUAUUUUUAUACACAUCUAUCAAACUGCAUUCCGCUCCAUUAAACAAUGAAAGAAGACAA